CGGGCCACGGCUGCCGCGCGCCUGGAAACUUCCUCGUCUCGCGAUGCCUCACCCUCCUUGGGCCCCCAAGCCGCCCAAGCCGCCCUCCUCAGGCGGCUUGUUGGUGCAGGAGGCGGUGCCGCUCUCCGCGCUCUACGACCUCGCCGGCCACAGCUACGAGGGAAGGGGCGCCGAGCUCAUCGCUCGCCGCGCGCACGCGGGCAUCGAAGGCACUUCCGUGCGUGUGAUGCGCUACCCUCCCUCGUGGAGCUGCGUGCCGCCUUCGCCGCGGCCGCGAGCCCCACACCACGUUGGGCCACGAGCCACGCUCGCCGGCCUCCGCGCCACCCGAAGCGAGGGGCCUGAGCCGCCGGAGGAGGAUCUGAAGGGGCUGCCGCCCCUCUGGUUCCACGCGACGGUGACGGCGCGGCACCCCAAGGCGCCGGAAGAGGUGCAAGCGGUCGACCUCGAGUACAAGUUCUGCUGCCUCGAGCCGCGCUUUGGCGACGGCUGCGAUACGACUUCGCUCAACAUCUUACUGCCCGAGCUGUGCGUCGCGAUCGAGGGACUGGCCGUCGACCUCAUCGAUCGCAGCAGCAGCGGGGUGGCGGCCACCAGCUCUCUCCCCGACGUCAUCUCGGCGCGCUGGGAGGAGCCGACCGCCGCCGAGGGGCGAGAGGGACUCUUUGGGAAGCUCUCGUUUAUCCUGCAACGGCCGGUGCUCUUCCAGCUGGUGGCGGAGGCGCGGCGGCUCUCGGUGCGAGGCAAGAAGGCUCUGCAGGUGCUCAACCCGCUGAUCGGCACGCGUCGCGAGAUGCGGAUUGAGGCGGACGUUGAGCUGACGCGGCUGACGUACAGUCUCAUCUUCCGUGAGGAGGAGGUUCACUGGUCCAUCUCCGACAUCCAUCUGCAGCUCGCCCGGGAUGGCUCCAUCCAGUGCCGCUCCGCCGAGGGUGGGCUCGUCGAGUGGCUGCUGCGCGCCGUCCCCGCGAAGCUGCUCGAGAUCAUAAACAAGGCGCUGCAGGACAACCUUCGCAAGGAGCAGCCUCUCUUUUUGUGGCGCGGCGACGCGGCCGAGAUUGGUGCGCUCGACGGCUUCUAUCGCGAGCUUUCUCGCCUCGCGUGGCUCAAGCAGGAGGUGAUGCGCAGCUUUCGAGACUCGGGCGCCAGCUGAGGGGGUACGAGGUGGUGGUGCCGUGGCGUCGGAGUGGACGCGACGAAUCGAGGCAGCGGUGGAGAUGGUCUUGCCUUUGCAUGUGGGUGGCAAGGGGUCGCUUGUAGUUGCGCGCCAGAUGUACGUCUCUCUCUCUCUCUCAGAUGUACCAUCGAGAUGUGUUGCGCGAGCAUUGGAUGAGACGCGCUGUGGGUAACCUCAUCCUCAAAGAAGUGUUGCGUUUGGUCGUAGGAGUAAAAAAAA